UUGUUGUUGCUGUGGUGCUGGUGCUGAGCUGCAGAGAAUAUAACGGUAGAAGCAAGGAAAGAUGGAUCCAGAGAGGUUUUCCUUUUCGAAGAAGCCCAUAAGCUUAUCCAAGAGAAGGUCUGUGAUAUCUGCGAUCAUGCCCGAUUCGUCUGGCGGGUCGCAGAACUCCAAAGAGUCGGCGAGAUGCGAUAAGACGAGGACGUUCAGCUGCUCGAACGGGAAGGAGGUGCUGGAGGAGGUUGGGUCGGAUGACCCUCUGCUGGACUAUGACGAGCAGAUUAGAGCCCCCAAGUUCCUCUCUAAGAAGUCGCUUGACGAUAUUGGAACGUCUAUAGAUUUGGCAAGGGGCACUGACAGUACCAAUUCCGGGCCUAUUGUCGCUGACGGGCCGUUAGACGAGAAGGUGUCGUCUAAGAUGAGGUCGGCGUCUUCCGGAGAGAUCAAGAGGGUGAGGAGCUACCAACCGGCAGUUGUGGAGAUUCCGUCGAGUGACGAUUUGGGGUUUGAUGAGCAGCCGUCAACGUCGUGCUGUAUGAAUUAUACGCUCUCACAGAUUACUGCAUCCCACCUGAUUUCGAAUAUUCAGCAAGUGAGGGACGAUGACGUCUCCGAGACGGGAUCACCAGAACUGUGCUCGAAGAAGAACUCUGAAGACUCCAUUGUUAUGAUGUCAAGGAAAGCACCGCAUUUUAACACUGCGCCUUUAAGACCGAUGUCUGAUCCAAGGACGCCGAAUUAUGUACCCUGUGUGCUGAGGCCUAUUGUAAGCACAGGGGAAGAGCUAUUACCAAAGAGCUCGAUAUUCGAUUCCUCGAUGGAGACACACUAUGGUGACUUGUCGAGGGGCCAUUGGAAGCCAAAUGGAUUUUCAAACUCUUGUAUGGAUUGUCACAAGCAGUUCUCGCUCAUGAAUAGAAGACACCACUGCAGGAAAUGUGGGAAUCUUUUCUGUGCCUCGUGCCUGCUGAACAAGGCCAAGUUGAAUUUCCAAUGCCAAUUCGACGUGAAUGGCAUCCUGGGGAAGGUGUGUUUCCAGUGUGGUAAACAGUGGAGUAACUACCUCUGUGAAAGUUUCAAGAUGGAUGUGGAUGUCAUAUCCGAUUUCAAAGCCUCGCACAUGGAGAAGAAACAUUCAGGUAACUCUGUGCUGAGUAAAGAGCUAUCGAAAGAUGAGCAGGUGCUGGGCGUUGAAGUUAACAGCAACGUUCCAGCUGAUUGGAGUUGGAGUUCCUUUUAAGUGAAGGGCUCCUUUGUUAGGAGAAUGGUUCCAGGCUGGUCACUGGAGUCUCCUUUGCAUUCGUUAUAUGGUUUAUUAUUUUGUAUAUGUUUAUAUAUAAUAUAUCCAUAGAUUCCUGUGAUAGGACAGGACAUAUACUUACCCAUAAUUAUGUUCGC